AGAAUGUCGACAUGACCCUGGUGACCAUGGUGUUGUUUGCGCCAAUUUUGCGCCCCCUAGGCACAACUUCGGGAACUGAUCAUUUUUCUCUGCGCCAUUUUGGUGACUCUGUUAUGCAUAUAAUUUGAAAAUGACUGGUUGCUCUGCCUUCGGGUGCAGCAGUAACACAUCGCAUGGCAAACGACUAUUCCGAGUUCCUAUUGGCCGGGCCAGUGCUGAAAGAAGAAAAGCAUGGCUAAAAAUCAUAUGUCGAGCAAACUUUUAUGCUGGGGCCAAUAGCCGGUUAUGCGAGGACCAUUUUGAAGAAGACCAAUUUGAGAACCACAGAGCAGAUGGGCGCAAGUUGCUCAAACAAAAUGCAAUUCCUACAAUAUAUGGAGCAGCCAUUCGUGAGAAGAUGUUGCAGGCACCUCUGAAACGCGAAGUUUCAAGAACAAGGAAGGUGAAAGCUGAAGAACAGCCUGAAGAUGCAGACCUCAGGGACACAGAUAGUUUUGUUAAUCAGGGCGAACUUGCAGAUGGUCAGUCCGGUAUAGUGUCAACAAAUAUGUGGCUUAACACUGGAGGUCAUGAAGGUGCCAACUACCAGAUGGUGUUCAUUCAGUAUGCAGAAUAGAAUGCACAGUGCUCUUCUUGCCAACCUUGUCCAUCAUCAGAGUGAUCUGCAAUGAAUCGCGAACAAUGCACAUUUUUCAAACAACGAACAUGCUGUUUAUUCACACUUCAUCAAUCAACUAACUGCUCACAUUGUGCGAUUUUAAAUUGAAGGCUCUAAUUUGGUUUUAGUGGAUCUCGGAACUUCAAUUCCUAUGAUCUCUGUGCAAUUUUUCUUUUGAGGUCAAGUCAAGAGGUAUUCAACAAAUACAAGAAAUCAUUUUGUCUUUUAUGCAAUUGAUAUAACCCACUAUUGGGAGACUGUUGCUGAACAGACUUGUAGGAACUAUUGAUGUGUACAGUGAAGCCUUGUUAUCUCUGUAAAAAUAAUUUCAAGUUUUGAGCACUUGCUGACCAUCUAGUGUGUUUAUUGUAAACCUCAAGCAUGGUGUAUUUCUACACAUGCAUUCUGCCUUUUGGGUUCUCUUGGUUUUCCCCAAAAUGUCUCAGACACAAAUGUGGCAAGGGACAAUGCUUUGGCUAGCACCAAAAAGAUGAAAGCUUGUGUUUUUUGUUUAGCAUUUGUAAAAUAAAUCGAUGAGGCUCGUG